AUGUCGAUGCACGGUAUGACGAAGGAGGAGUACUUGGCUUCGCGCACCGAGGAAAACCUGGCCAAGCGCAAGGCUCUCGGUCUUGAGUGGAAGGAGAAGUUUGCUCGCCUCACCCAAAUGAAAAAGGAUAGCGAGUUCACGGACGAGGGACUGCGGCUGACGGAGCGGCUGCUGGACUUCAACUCGGACUGCUACACCAUCUGGAACUUCCGCAGGCUCAUCCUCCUCAGCAAGAUCAGGGAGGCCAACGAGGAGCAGGCCCGCCUGGCCAUCGAAGCCGCCGAGCAACACCACAACCAGCAGCAGCAGCACGAGCAGCAACCGCCACAUGAAGAAGAGCCUGCCAGCGAACUUGUCGAAGAGAAGAAGGACGAAGGGACGAAGGAGGAGCAAGCCACCACGGAGGAAACGAAGACCGAAAGUGGAGAGCAGGCACAGAACGAAAACGAAGCGAAGAGCAAAGAACAAAGUGAAGAGGGACAGCAGCCAGAGACGGUGGAGGAGCAAACUCCAAAGGCGGAGGGAGAAGGAGAAGAAGAAAAGAAGGAGUUGACUGAGGAGGAGAAAAAGGCGCUUCUGGACGAAAAGCUGAGGCAAAUCGAAGAGGCCAAGGUCAAGCGCCUGUGCACACUAUUCGAGCGCGAGCUCGACGCCAUCACCAGCCCGGCCAUCAAGAGGAAUCCCAAGCACCUCCAGUCGUUCGUGCCCGCAUCCACGCCGCCCGCCGCUGAGGGCGACAAGCCCGCCACCCAGACCACCAAGGACAUGCAAUACUUCUGGAAGAAGGAGCUGGGUCUGUGCGAGCUCUUCCUCAGGCUUGAUGGCCGAAAUUUCCACUGCUGGAACUACCGCAGCUUCAUCACGGAAAAGGCCGGCGUCACGCUGCAGCAGGAACUCGCGUUCACCGAGCAAAAGAUUGGCGAAGGCGGCCAGUUUUUCUUCGCUAGCGCCGGAGGGAAGAACAGUUUCUCGAACUACAGCGCCUGGCAUUUGCGCAGCAAGGUGCUGGGCCAGCUGUGGGACGACAUGCUCGCCAACCACAAGGACGAGGAGUACUGGCAGUCGGUCGAUGAAGAGUUCCGAUUGCUUGAGCAGUCGCUGGUGAUGCACGAUGGCGAGAGCCCGUGGCAUGCCCAGCGAGCGUAA